AGUCGCAGGUUUGGCUCAAGCAAAUCGGGCUGAAUAGCAGCCUGCUCAUACUUCAACGCCGAAACCCCUCGGUGAAUCAAUACGUUCUAAAGCAUUCGUUAGUGAUACAAUUCAAACAACAAACCUCCAUAUAGCUGCUUCCACGAUGGCGGGUAUGACGCACAUCAAGGAUCACCUCGAGGAUGCUAGCUCGAAGCAGGCGGAUAGGCGUGGUGUGCUGGUGCGCCUUUGGUAUGCCAGUCGCUGCUGGCGCGCACUGCUGUGUGCGCUCCCUGGACUUGCCGAGGCGCCCGUAUCAUGGGCCUUAGAGCUCAUCGAUGCCACGAGCGCAGCGAGGGUCGACAUGGCGCGCCAAUGGUGCGACGAACAGUUAGAGAAAUGUGGUUCGUUCGCUCUGGCAGCCAUGCGGGCAGUGCUGGGGAAGGCUCGGGAGCUCAGCGUCCACGCUUUCGUCUACACGUCGCGUGGUGUGCCGCAGUGCUUGCGCAAGUGGCUCCCCGCUACCACCUGCCCCUCUCCGCAGACAGGCGAGCACGAAGCCGAUUUCAACCUCAUCGCCAGCGCCUUCCAGCCAGUGUUGUUCAACAUCGCCGGCUUCGCGUGCAGCUCGCCCGAGGAGCUGGUUGCACUUACAACGCAGACAUCAAAGAGCGUGGCAGCUGAGCUGACGCCCGCGCGCAACGACUUGUGGGGCAGCCUCUACAAGCAGAGGUGGCCCGCAUUCCACGACUUCCUCCACUACCAGGGGCUCCAGCGGUGGGACGGGCUCUACGAGGACACCCUCGCCGGCAAGACGGAAGCGGUCCUCGAGAUCUUCGACCGCGAGAAGAAGUUGGGCUUCGCGAUGGCCGCCAUGGGAGCCAGGGUCACCUUCGAGGCGAGCAGCCGCUCCUACGUGGCCAGGUACCUCAGCGCCUGCGAGGUGCCUCCCGAGCACAUCCCGAAGCGGGAGGAGCACCGCCUCCGCUGCUGCCCGCCCGCGGUGCGCGACGCGCUGCGCCCGGGCCCGCCGCCGGACCCGGGCGACCCGCACGGCCCGGACUCGGGCCCGACGGCCGGCCUUUACCUGGACCGCGUGCUGGAGGGGUGCUCGAAGAAGGCACAAUGGCACAGACCUGAAUCGUCGGAGCUCCGCGCGGCUCUCUUGGAUCGGAGCUGAGCUCCCCUGGCGCGCUCCAGGGCGCCAGGGAGGGGGCUUCCGUGCAGGUCCAAGGGGUCCGCGCGGAGCUCCGAACAUUUCAUGUGUUGAUGCCGUGUUCUAUUCCUCCAGGUCCGAGGGCCUGCGGCCGGGCGCCGGGAUCGAGCUGCAGUGGAAGAUGCAGGAGGGCAGCCCGUUCGGGUGGUGGUACGGCCGCCUGGACGCCCUGGAGCACGACAGGGACGGCGUGCUCGCUACCGCGACGGUCACUUUCGUCCACUUCCCCAGCCAGUCGCGCUGGCGGACGCUGCGGGUACGCUUUGGCGACUCGCAGAUGCGGCCCUGCUCCUUCGGCGGCUUCACGGGCGGCAUCCGGAGCACCACCGAGGUCGAGCAGAAGCACUGGAUGAAUUUCUUUCCUCGCAAGGCCGCGGUGCUCUGAGCUGGCCGAUCGUGACGAUUGGGCGGCGGCACCCGCGCCAUGGGAGGCGCUGAUGCGCGUCUUCCGGGCACUCCUCUUCAUCAUCCUCGUCCUGGGGCUGGGGACGACUACUAUCGGGCGCAGCCGCCCAGACAUAGAAAGACGCAACCGCCGCUGCGUCCUCUAUCUCUACAUUCCUGUCCAGCGCCCCCUCCCUCUCCUUUUCGUCUUUCUCGUUCUCCUCCUUUUCCUCCUCCCCCCCAUUCUUCCCCUAGCCAUACAUUGGACUCAUGCCCACUGCGUCUGAAGGCUCACUCAGAAAAACAGCGAGC